AUGGCGGUCAAUGGCCCCGCUGCAAUGGAACGCGCCGUGGCUGCCUCAAGAAUCGCGGCUGCCUGGCGAGGGCAUGUUGUGCGUCGGCGAUACCGACAUUUGGCCAAAUUAGUUCGCGAUGCCGAGACGGUGCUGGCCGAUGACUUGUUGCGCCAGCUCUGCCCGGUCGAGGCCGAGAUGCUGAACGACCCGCUUGUGCGAGCUACCGUUCGACUCAGGUUGGGUGGGACGCAAGAACCACAAAUCAUGUACAAGGUUUUUGUGUCCAGCCAAUUGGCGCGCGUCAAGUACAUGAACGGCCGUCAUGUCGUGGCCCCACUUACGGAGGCAGCUGCUCAAGCCCGUUCGCUGAUGGGGGCUGAGCGGUACAUGGAUGUGGUGGCCACGGAUGCCUAUCUCCAAUCCAAGACUGAGGUGCUCGAGGAGAGCGACGUUGUUGAUGCCCGCGACUUUGCCCAGCUGCAAGCCUUCCGUGAUAACUUGCCCGCCGAGCUUGGUGGUCGUGCCAAUACCUGGCGAUGGCUUCACCAUGAUGCUCAAGCUGCCACCGGUCGCUUGGGUGACUUUGUCGAGCAUGUCUUGAACGACUUCAAAACGGACUUUCGCUUCAGGAUUGGCCUGUCGGAUCGCGAACAACAGGUGAAUCUUUGCCUUUUGCCAUCACUGUUCCAUCCACCCUCUGACUCAUGCUUACCGGCGCUAUGCUGA